AUGUAUGUACAAGACAGAGCGAGCCCGACACCUGAUACGCCUCUACAGCCUAGAGUGGGUGAGAUGGCUCCCAUAGGGAUGCAUGUUAUACCGCAUCAGAGAGGUGUUCAGGAGUCAGAGGGAAACUACAUCGGGACAGCGGUCGGUAUACAGCGUAUGGCUGUGGAGCCAAGUACAUUUUUCCAUCAAAGAAUUGCAAAUCGCCCACUUCCUCGUGAAAACGAUGAAUAACUCAUUUUAAAAAGGGUAAGAGAAAUUACUCAAUCAGUCUUACACUUUUUUUUUUCCAAUUUCCUGUGCUGCUCUUUCAAGCUACUCCUAUGGCCAGUUUUCUAGAUGUUGAAAUAUUCAUUUCAUCGCUCGAUAAGAUAUUUACAUUUUCAGUCACUGCUUUGAAUAUACGCAGUCGAAAGCAAGCAGAAAUAAACAACACACAAAAAGGCAGAGAGAUCAUGCAAUCAUUCUAAUUGCACAUUUUUAUCCCAACAGCUCUUUUUUAAAGGUGACUUUUUUACAUCAAGUAUUCGUUUUUAACAUUGAUCAUGUCAGAGAGGGUAAAGGAAUUUACUGACAUCAGCAAAUACAAGAUUUGAGUGCGCGUGAUGGCUGCUCCCAUUGUUAUCCAAUGAUGUCAAUCAGGGUCUCUAGUACAUCUCAGUUUAUAUUCUUUGAGUUUUCCAUAUAUUUCCAUAGUCUUUAAAUUGUUGUAGAUACCUGUAAUGUAUCCAUUAAACUUUAUUUCACGAAAACGCCGGUCUUAUUGUUUCAAAAAUUAUAAUUGGUCGGAGUAAGUAAAAGUGUCGAUAUCGCUGUUUUCAGUUUACAUAGAUCUCUAUAGUCUUCUAUAAUUAUUGCGGGUUGCUUGAUCUUAUUGUGAGUCCCAUCUAUUGCCCCAAGGCAUUGUAGAAUAACAUGAGCAUUUUCAAAUUGAGUCACCGAUUCCUUCGUUUCAUUCUCUGUGAAAGGAAGUUUUAUGACAUUCAUCUUGUCAGAGAGGAGAAAGAAAUAUACUGACAUUAACAAAUAAGAUAAUUGAGUGCGCGUGGCUGCUCACAUUGUUAUCCAGUCAUGUCAAUCGAGGUCUCAAGAACACUCAGUGUUGAUUGUAUUCUAGUUCUUCAUAUAUUUCCAUAAUCAUUAAAUUAUUUAAGAUAUCUGUAAUUUAUCCAUUAAACUUAAUUUUACGAAACUGCAGGUCUUAUUCAUUGUUUCAAAAUUUAUAAUAUGAUAAUUUAAUACGAUUUGUUUUGGUUAGGCUAUGCUGCUAGAAUUGUGUUCUAAAACUUCACUUUUGGAACACGAGAAGCAUAGCAUAACAUUUUGUGACAAAUCUAAAAAAAAAAGGGUAUGCUCCGUAUAAAGUUAAGUGACAGGAGUAGCAGCCUUUCAGUUAUUUUACAUGUAAGUGCCUUUAAAUACGUUAGUCAGCUUUCCAGUUUAUGUCGCUUUCUGGCCCGGGAUUUUUUUUAGCUACUCUUUUUAUCUUAAUUUUUAAAGAACAGAUGGCCAAAGUAAGCCAAUAGCGGGUUAAGCAUCAUUCUUGUCAACCGAGGGCAAUGCUUACAAUGCAUAGAGCUGUAACUAAACUUGUGAGGCGAAUCUAAUUGUAAACUGUAUAAUUAUCAGGCACGCCAAUAUUACCAUAAGGAACUUAACGAAGAUGAGCAACACCUAGAUGGUAUAAAUAAUAAAUUGUUACGGAGAAAUUAAAAAUUUAAAUGUUGAUUAUUCAGUUAAUUAAUUAUUCAGGAACCUGCUUUGUUGACGGUUCAGACAGAUUGGCAGUUUAAAAGAAGUGGGCCUGUUUUUCAUAUUCCUCAACACGCAUUUGAUUGCAUGACGGUUGGAGGCCUUCCUUGUAGUCCACGUAACAAACGUGUCCUGACAAACCCCAAAAGGCAUACAUGACUUGAUGUGACGUACUCGUUAAUCUGUGCAUGCCUCAACGAGCGGAGCCCGCGGUGUUUGUGUUAUUUCGCACUAUCCAGAUAGGGAAUGUGAAAUCAUUAAAAAGGUGGUAUCAACCAAGUUUAAAGGCAUUGAUCCAAAUUCAGGCAACCUGUUGACAGUGGAAGGAGAAGCGGUUUUGUUUGCGUGGUUUUGCUUUACUUCGAGUUAUGUGAAUCUGCAACAGGUAAUAUUUCUACCCAAAGCUCUCUUUCCAGACUGAUAGUACGGCAAAUUCUGAGGCGAUGCCAACUAGUGAGCACUGCGAUCUGUUCCCGGAUAGUCCGGACUCAUCUUCGAGUUUGAAUGUGGAUAGGCAGGAGACAAAAACAAGAGGUCUUCAUUUAUUCCCUUCGGCAUAGAAGGAACUCUUUCACCUUUCAAAUGAUAAGUUAUUUAAGAAUUAGCAAACAGCCUUGCAUCAUGUACACCUCCAGGCCAUUUUAUAAACUGAUAACGGUAGUCACACACUGCUUGGACAUUUAAACUAUAACGCUGUUUUCGGUUUAUAUAGAUCUCUAUUGUAUGUUGUAUUCAUUGCAUGUCGUUUGAUCUCAAUGUGAGUCCCAUCUAUUGCCCCAAGACUUUGUGGAAUAAUGGAUGAGUUUUUUCAAAUAUUAAGUCACCAGUACCUUCACUUUAUUCUCUGAGAAAGGAAGUAUUUGUUCACUGGGCGCAGAUGCUAAAUUUUGGCAGUGCAUACCACUGGCGGAUUUUAUGCCAGAGCCGGUAGAGCAAGUGAUAAAAAAACGGGCUUCCCCUUUGCUCAAGGUCUGGAUGCACUACUGCAUAUCUCCCUUACAAUUUCAGAGACAACUUGCCAACUUGCUCAUCGUGGCGUUGAAAAAUUGCUUCGCUGGCAGCUCAAAAAGAUCAUCGGCAGAGUCAUCGGUAUUACUAUCAUUUCAGAUUCAAUAGUUGGACUGUACCCUUGCUAUAUACCUAAGUCCAUGAAUUGGCAACGAAUCACCAGUACUACAUUCAUUAAUUAAACGCAAAUUCUUGUGCUUGAAAUGAAGUAUCUUUCAACUGGCUUUGUUUCGCAUUUUCUCUUUCCUUUCGGCAUUGAAGUUGAUGAUCUAUCAGCUUGUCCGACGGACACAGUUCCUCGCAUGUUUCACAUGGUAAAGCGAUGAAAUGCUUUCGCUUUCGUGCGCCAAUUUUUUCCGCUUUGGUCGGCGCUUGAGGCCGCCUGAUCGCUUGACCUCCCGUCUGUUUUGACGAAAGCUUUUCGCCCGUCAUUCAUUCUUGUUUCUAAGAGAUCAAUUACGUGACUUGAUCAUUUUAGAACGGAAAUCUCGCUGUUGUAAUUGGUGGAAACGCUCCAUCAAUAUCUUCCGCCGCUACAACUGAUCUUUUAGCGAUUAAACUUCUGAUCCGCUUUUCUUUGUCAGUCAUUUCAGGUCUUCUAAUGUAUUAGUUAUAUUCCUUUUUCAAAUGUACACGAGGCUCGGAUUUCUUUGUGAAAUAAUAUGUAUUGCUCUUCUUGUAAACUGGUCAAAUCUCUCUCUUAUCCCUAAACCCCAUCUAAAUCAAAUGCUGAAAUUUUCCUACAAUAAGAGUUGUUUAUUUUAGAUCGUUAGAUGACUUCGUCAGUUGUCUGCGGUAAAGUCAAAUUUGGCAACUGCAUUGACCUCUUCGCAUUUUUAUGCUUCCUGCAUUACAGUAUAAAUGUCGCUCACCACUUUGAGAAGUAAUAUUCCGGUUUUUUAUUUUUAAAUAAACGUUGUGGAAGUAAAAUACACGAACGUGGGCGGCAUUUCGGGGGAGCUAAACAAGUUCUCCUUCGUCACGAUUUUUACCAUAACGAAGGUAAAUACAAAUUGAUAUUUUCAAGAGAGGAAGCACCAGAUUGUCUGUAUUUCUUGCAUUUUUGAUUGAAAUAUAUUUUUAUAUAUGAAACAGUCUGAUUCAUCUAAUUUUUCACGUUCCAACCUUAUUUCGGUCUUUUCUACCGAGCACCAUUUUCGGCGAUCGUUCGGUGAAGAACAAAUCAGGCACGUGGAAAAUUUCUCUUCUCCGUCGGUGCAGUUUUCCGGGAUGAAAUCUAACAGUUAUUUUCGUGUCAUAUGUCGGUAUUUGUAGGGCGUUCCUUGACGAAAACACACUAGUAAAUCACUGAUUCAUUGGGAGUACUAAUAUUCUACCUGUCUGUGCGUGGGAGUUGGUGUUGUAGAUAUCUUGGUUGAGAAAUGCGUGGAACGUGGCUCUCAUGGAAUCAUAAACCAAUCAACUUGCGUUCAUUUAGGCGCGUAGCAAAACACCCUGGUAAAUCACUGAUUCAGUAGUAUUAAUAUUCUACCUGUCUAUGUGUGGGAGUUGGGUGUAGUAGAGAUCUACAGUUUUAUUGGUACAAUGUCAGUUAUUGAGAUCGUGAGCCUCGCCUGUCUCUUUAUUUUGCUCUUAAUAAUUUUUAUCGUCGUUAAGAACCACUUAGUCUUGAUGCAGCUGGGGCAGCAACGAGCGGAGCAGGACGGUGCCAUACAUGUUAUACCGCAUCAGAGAAGAGUUCUGGAGACAGAAGGAAACUACAUCGGGACAGCGAUUGGUAUACAGCGUAUGGCUGUGCAGCCAAGUACAAUUUUCCAUCAAAGAAUCGCAAAUCGCCCACUUCCUAGAGAAAAUGAUGAAUAACUCAUUUCAAAAAAGGUGAGAGAAAUUAGUCAGUCAGUUUUACACUCCUUUUUUCCAAUUUCCUGUGCUGCUCUUUCAAGCCACUCCUAUGGCCAGUUUUUUCGAUGUUGAAAAUAAAUUAUUUUAUUGCUCGAUAAGCUGUUUACAUUUUUAAAUCACUGUAUUGAAGUACGCAAUCGAAAGCAAGCAGCAAUAAACAGCAAACAAAUAAAGAAGAGGCAUCAUGCAAAAUAUUUUAAUUUCAAUUAAUAUUUUAAUUGUUGUCUUUUUCAGAGGUGACCUUUUUACAUCAUGUAUCCGUUUUUAACACCGAAUCAUCAUAUCAGAGAGGGGAAAGAAAUACAGUGAUAUUAGCAUAAACAAGAUUUUACUGCGCGUGACUGCUUUAAUUGUCAUCCAUUCAUGUUAAUCAGGGUUCCAAGAACCGUCUCAGCUUGUAUUCUUUGAGUUUUCAACAUAUUUCCAUAAUUAUUAAGAGCUAAUGUCAGCUUGUAUCAGACAAGCAGGGGCAAUUCACCCAAAAUUCGCCUUCACUUCUACUUUCAUAUUUUGUAGCCCAAUAUGUCCCAUUAAUUGUGAUGUAGUUUCUUUGUGAGGCGAACUCAAAUUCCGGCAAAAUUUAUUUGCUAGCGACCACGAAAUAUACGUGGUGUGCCUACUUGUCGCCACCGUUUACUAGCAUAAAUCACUACAAUUUUUAAAAAGAAAUCUAGCAUAACAUUCUUACCUUGUUUAUUUAUGAUUUCAUUAGCCUUUUCGAUGAUCACGUGAUGCUCUACCAUCCAGUUUAUAUAUCUUCUUCAUCUUAUUAUAUCAGUUGCAUGACAAGCGUGACAAAUAUAAAUUCAAAGAUGAAUCGACCUCCGAAAUACCAAGAGAUGGCGUCUCGUCAGACUUGGGUCCCGAUUGGGAAUUGGUCAAUAUGCUACCAAAAAUAUAGACAGAGGCAGAGUUUUCUAUACUAAUGUUUGAACACUUUGUUGGCUUCCCGCCGUCUGGCGGGACGCGUAAUUAUGCACACGGUGGUAAAGGGCCCUUUCGCACUAGCUGCUAAAUGCUGACCAAAUUUGUUUCUCUUCACCAAAAAUCACAUCAGAAUUUGUCCUUGCUAAGUUAAAAGUAUGCUGCACGUAUCAGCAUCUCCGGGGGACCCCUAUACAAAACAGGGCGGGGGUGUGCACCGGGAAUUUCGAAAACGACCCCAAUAAAAGUAAAAAAAUAAAAUGAGUCUCAUCCGUGUGGGAGCGGCAACAAUUAAUGUUUACCCCUAAAAAGUACCAGUUCAAACAUAAAAAAAUUGAAAAAUCCCCAAAAAUAAAAACUCCUUUAUCGAUGUGCUCUAGAGGCUCAAGUCAGAUCAUUAAAAUCGUCUAAGUAAUGCUUAUUUCAGGUAUCUUAUUGAGCGAAAAACGCGAGUAGACAGGGUAAAAGGUAGAUAAACAUCCUCACCCACCAAUUUUUUCGCCUUCCCCCGUCAGCACCUAAAGACAAAAAAAAUGUAAUUUGCCAACUACGAGCUGUCAAUCUCACCUCGUAAAAUUCACGUGAACUGGUUAAUUACUUAUUUGGUAGGGAAUAAAAUAACUGUACGUCUGCAUUUGUUAAACAGACUAUUCAAGAGUAUCCAGAAUUCGAUGUGUGUACUUCUAGUACAUUGAGUAUUCUUUUGCAACAUAGCCAAAGAUCUUGCGAUAUCUCCUGUUCAAGCUUCUUUUCCUUUCAAAGAGGCAUCAGAAUUAUUUUCAUGUCAAAUUUGCAGUAAACUGCUUGCGUGUCACCCUUUGUUUUCAAGGUGUCCGACCAGGUAUGACUGAAAAUGGCACCUCGCUUUGAUAGGAAUCCUUUUGUUGUUGCUUCUUACUUCCUGAAAUUAUCACUUGAAAUUCGCUCGGUAGUACAAAAGCAAAAAAAAACAAAAACGUGAGUAAUACAUAUAAAUCCAAAUUCUUUUAUCACAUGAAAGGUUGUGGGACCUGAUCGCAUUUAAGGGACGGACCCCCAAAAAUAUCGAGCACAGCCUUAAACGGAAGUGGACACAUCGCGCAAUUAGCAAAAGUCCCCCCUCCCCCCUCCCCCUCAAAAAUCUAAUGGUCCAUCUCUAAGGUCCUUUUACAUAAGUCCAAAAUGAGUUUCGUUCUGAAACGAAAGAAUUUCAUAUCGUGUUUACAUGCAAGAUAAUUUAGCCUGUAAAAACAAGUAUUUAUGUCUUUUCUUGUAUUUUUCUACGCUUCCCUCUCUCCUAAAGAGGAUUCAUACACGAAUGUAAGAGAUCCUCGCAGCUAAGAACACUACUGAAACGAGUAGUUGAAAAUAGGACCUGAAAAAAAUUUCAGGCCCGUACGGGAUUUGAACCCAUGACCUCUGCGAUACCGGUGCAGCGCUUUACCAACUGGGAGCUGAUCAAUAUGUUGGGUCCAAAUAUACCAUCCAAGUGAUGAAUAAUGAUUUUAGAUAUACGAAAUUCAUAUAUUUGCACUGCGGUGAAGAAACGAAUGUAAGAGAUCCUCGCAGCUAAGAACACCACUAUAAGUGUCGUACCGCGUUUAUACUAUACAUGUACAAAAGGUCGUCCACAAUGAGUGUUUCGUUCUGGAAUGAAAACACCCAAUAAACUCAUUCAGAAAUGACUUGUUUCGAAAGAAUUUUACCCCGAUAUCAUGUGGCAACCGGGAUGAACUCGGUUUUGAACAAAACUCACUCCGAUAUCAUGUAAAAGGUCCCUUAAAGUUUUUAUUACCAGAGCAUCACGCUUUGCUCUCCUUUCUGAAUGCUAUAAAUUUCAAUAGCGUUGAAGCAACAACCCGCCUUUAAUUGCUUCACUGCCACUGAAACGAUUCGUGACCACAUAAAGCACAUACUCUAAUAUUUUUAAUUUAACAUAAACAAAAAUUUUUAUAAAGGGUAAAUAUUUGUGUCGAUAUCGAUUAUUGCGUGACUAGCUUUUUUACAAAUUGUAGUGAUUUAUGCCAGUAAACGGUGGCGACAAAGUAGGCACACCAUGUAUAUUUCAGUCGCUAGCGAGUAAAUUUUGCCGGACUUUGAGUUCGUCUCACGAUAGAACAACACAAAUACACAAGGAAAUUUUUACAGCAACUUUAUAACUAUCCUUAUGUCUUUAAAAAGCUAGAAGCUCAGUAGAUUCUGUCAUAUCGGUCAUUGUUGAAACUGUCUUUGUUUUGAUGCUUCUUUUCGACAUAGGAAAAGUAUGUCGGACAUAAAUAUUUACGAAAGAAAUACCAGAGGUCAAGUAAAUUCGUUACAAGAGGACACACAAAUCGGGUAAUAUUUACGGUGAAAAUUGCAUAUUUGAGCGGUCGAACGAAAAAAUAAUUUCUCGAAAACUAAAAUAUAUUUUCACAAAAAAUUACGCCACAAUUAUUAGAACGUAUUGGGCUACAAAAUAUGAAAGUAGGAGAGAAAAUUGUUUGAUGGAUGUCGACAUCUUCUCUUAAUAGUUUUGCGAAACACCUGAACGAAAAUUCUAAGUUAAAAAUCACUCAUCCGCAGCUUGGAAGCUUAGCUUUAAACGAAAAAAAUUCUCUAGGCUCAGAAAACGGUAGACAACGAAAAUAUCAAGGAAGGAUGCUUACAAAGCAUAAACCAAAUUUGUAAUGCGAAUCUAUAAUCAGGGUAAAUGAACAGUUAUCAGCACGCCAAUAUUAUCAUACGGAACUUAACAAAGAUGGGCAACCCCUGUAUGGAUUAAAUAAUAAAUUAUUGCAGAUAAAUUUCGUUAAAAUUGUAAAUGUUGAUUAUUGAGUUGAUUAAUAAGAAUAAUACUGCAUGGAUAUUUGAACUGUAACGCUGUUUUCGGUUUAUGUAAAUCUCUACAGUCUGUUGUAUUUAUUGCGUUUUGUUUGAUCUUAAUGUGAGUCCAAUCUACUGCCCCACGACGUUGUAAACUGAACAUGAGCUUUUCAAAUUGAGCCACCAGUUCCCUUACUCCAUGAAAGGAAGUUUUAUGCGAGUUCAUCGGGCCCAAAUGCCAAAUUAUUGCAGUACAUAUCUCCCUGACAAUUUUAGAGGCAACUUGCCAACUCGCUCUUUACGGCGUUGAAAAAUUGCUCCGCCGGCCACUCAAAAAGAUCAUCGGCAGAGUCACUGAUGUUACUAUCAUUUCAAAUUCUACAGUUGGACUGUAUCCUCGCUGAACUUCCUAACUCCAUGAACUGCAACGGUGCUGCAUUCAUUAAACGCAAAUUCUUGUGCUUCAAAUGACGUAUCUUUCAACUCUCUUCGCUUCCCAUUUUCUCUCUCCUUUCGGCAUUGAAGUUGAUGAUCUAUGAGCUUGUCCGACGGACGCAGUUCCUCGCAUAUUUCACAUGGUAAAGCUAUAAAACAAGUUACAAAAGCAAGUAAGGAAAAGUAAAACAAACAAAAAAAUUUAAGACUUUAUCAAACACAUUUACAUUAUCUAAGCAUUUUGCUCGUUCUGACAAAUGUAAAUAUAGAUUAUCAAAUAGGCCAUUUUACAGUUGUGUGCUUAGUUGCCAAGCCUUUGAUUUGGAGUGAGGCUGAAGGUGACCUUGUUGUGAUAGAGACCAGUAUCUAGUUAGCAUGAUAACAAAGUAAUUUGCAUUUGAAAAGUAGCAAGGUUUGUAUCAUAACAAGGUCACCCUUAGCCUCAUUCCUGUUCAAAGGCUUGGCAACCAAACUCACAACUGUAAAAUGGACUAUUGACUGAAGUGUGGUUGAGAUAUCUAAUCAAUGAUAAUGGCUCUCAAAUUAGAACUAAAGCCCUCCAGUAGCAGUUACAGAUUACUGAUAAGUUGCGAGGCAGAAUGAGGAAAAAAAAAAAAAGAGGAAGAGAUUCGAGAAAAAAAGCCAGACAAAGAAAACACUACCAGUAGACAAAAUAUACCAUGAAGAAACGAAGUGCAUAACGAAGAUAAACAUCAGCAAUAAAAAUUUGAAUAAAAACAUGAACGAGGAAUGUAAGAGCAGCGAAAAAAACAACAUAAAUCUUACCGUUCAAAGCCUAGCGUGCAUUAUUUCUAUUCAUAAUAUCCUUACUUCUUAUGUUGACGAUUCCCGUUUUCAAAAUAAUCAAAAAAUUCCUUUAUAAUGAUUAAUAACUAUGUUAAGAAUGAAAACAUCAGUUUCACAAUAUCUUUAUAUGUGAUCAUUUGUCAGUGACGAAACUGCCAACUUCUAAAACUGCUUUAAUGUUUGUUUUUUUUCUUUUGUUUGAACUGUCCCACGGUGAAAAUUUCUCAGAAUUGUCCGCUACCGCCUGGGGCGAUCAUUCUUAUUAAUCUCUUCUCGUUUGCUGCCACAACUGAUUCGGCCUUUGCCUAUAAACACAAACCCUGGUGUAUCUGGAGGAGAGAGAGAGUUAAUGAAUAACUAAGAAGUCCUUUUUUUUUAUUAAAAACAAUAUUUAAUCUCCUUCCUGGGCUUUUCUUUAAAGGCUUGUUUCAAUUUUGCCGCAGGAACGUCAAUAUAGUACCUCUCAGAAAGGUCGGGGUUUUUACUUUGACGAAAACAAAAGUCAUAAAUAUUAAAUAAGGUUCAGUUAAGUUGCCAUCGCCGGAAGUCGGUUCAUGAAUUUGUAAGAAGUUCAGUUUUAAUCAAAAUACAUUUUACCCCCUGCAGGGCUCAUCUUUAGAAGUUUGUUCCAAUUCAUGGAUAUUAAGCCACCUAACGCUGCUUUCUGUACUAUCAAACUCAUCCACAUGGUAAGAAACAUGCAAGCACCAGGGAAUCAAGGAACUACUACGCAACCCACAUUAACCAUUCGUGAAUAGAAUGCCUUAGGAACAGCCAGGGAACUCACUCUUCGUCUUAGCGGAGCCGUGGAAAGGACGGAACAACACGGAAAUACAACCGCCGGUGGUGUAACUGCAAGAAGACGACAUCCACAAGAACACGACGAGCGUUUUUCGUAAAAAAGUAAGACAAUUGAAUGCCUUUUUUUUAAUUUUUUGUCAUCGUACUUUCUAUCAUAUUCCUCUUCUUUUAUAUCUGCAUUUGUUUUAGCGGACGCGGGGAUGCCUCUUAUAACCACUUUUACGGUUGGGAACAAAAACAAAUCUCUUCUUGGUUACGCGCUAAGUGUGUGUGCUAAACAGAAUAACUGAAAGCGCAUUUAAACAAUUCAGCACCCGACGGCCUCAGUGCAACAAUAGGACAUAAGAGGAUUUUUUAGCUUUUUAAAAUCUGAAAGACUGGAAAAUGCAUUGUAGCAUUUUAAAAAAAUUUUACUCUUUCUCUCACCAGAUAAUUUUAAGCAGCUACUCCGUUCCUGUGCGUGAGGUCAUUAGUCUGACGGUAAGAAAAAAAAUUAUACCUGUACUCGAAUUUAUGGUACACAAACACGGGUUAAAUUUGCAUAUUUCAGCUUUUGCAUAAUCAGUUUUGUCAGUCAAGUUCACGACCACAUAUUCCUCAUCAUUUCAAAUGGCCAUCGUCCAUCAUCCAGGUCGCAGAAAAUGUUUGCCAUGAGAUCGUAAGGGGCUCCUUCCAUUGUAAAAUUCGCAAAAGUGAAGGGGUCAUCUUCUCUCCCGUUGUCCAACGGAUUCUGAUGAAACCUCUAGAACAACAAGCGAGGUCGAUCGCUUCUGUGCAAAGGUUCUUCGUUUUCAGAGGCUGAACCAGAACCCUGAACGCCUUCUCCCUCUCGGAUACAUUGUUCCUGGUGUUCCAUCAAUUUAUCAGAUGGACACAGUUCGCCACAGAUUUCACAAGGCAGAGCAACAAUGCUGUUGUCUUCACUUUCGGUUUCGAUAUUGUCAUGCGAGUUCGAGCUUGUGAAAUUGUCAGGCCUUCGUAACAUUUCACGAAACGCACCGUCCCUAUCUUCUACAACGAGAGGGAUUUGAGAAUCUUCUGUUUCCUCUAGACACUGGCAUUCACGUUGAUGAGCAUCAAGUGCAUCUUGCUGAAUCAGCGAUCCACAGAAUUCACAAGGCAAAGACACAGGCAAAUCGUGUUGCUGAUUGUUCAUUCCCCGUCGCAUGCGCUAUCAUGGUCCAUAAAGUUUCUAAUCAAGACAUAUCGACUACACUUUUGGCAGAAUUCCGUUCUGGUUCCGCAUAAUUCCUGGUGCUCUGACAUUCUUUCUCUGAGAAGCCUCAGUUCACAGUAAUAGCAAUUAAUUGGUCGCUUUCCACACUCGUAAGCCAAAUGAUUGCCUUCUUCACUUCUGGUUGUUUUUUGUCCGCACUGAACACAGUUUAUUUCCGCAUGAUUCUCCUCGAAGUGUUCUCUCUCUUUGCUUCUUUGUAUCGCUUCUCCGCACAACGAACACAAUUUGAGGUUUCUUUUGCAGUGUACAAAGUGCAUUUCGUAAUUUUCUGAGGAAACUCGUCUGUUGCAGUUUUCACAAAUUAAUCCUUCGUUGUCCAUGUUUGUGACGACGCUUUUUCUUGAAUUUCCUUUCUUUUAUCGAUGGACGGCCGCUCGAUUUCAGUCUGAUUAGAAUGAAACUGCUAGAUCAUUGUUUGGGCAGUCGUGUUUAUAUUGUAUAUAUUUCCCCUAAAUUUAGGUUUUCUAGAAAGUUUUCUAAAUUUGCUUUAUCGCUGAAUUAGCACCCUUUCGUAAUCUCCGAAAAUUUCUUAACUUAUAGUACCCAGUCUUCCCGCUCCUCUAAACAACAUCCGGUGUACUAGUAAUAAUGGAAGGAACAAUUUAAAAUCGUGAGGAAGAUUCGACAUAUUUCUUAACGAUACUUGACCAGCAAUAAACAUGACACUGGCAUGGUGGAAGGAGCUGUCCUGUCACCGUGGUGGAUUAAUCAACCUCGUUCUUUGGGUAUUGUUUAUCAAUGAUCGAAUAUUGGACUUCAAUCAGUCACUCUAGCGUGAGUAAUAUGCACAUAACGCGCAUAUGCGCUCGCUAUGGCUCUAUGACAUACACACUAGCUUUAAGGCACACACGCUGGCUUUAUAUAUAUCGGCCCUUUAGAGGAAACUGGUAAUCUCAACCAUGAUGAGCACGUUGACAUUCAUGAAAAUAGGUUUCGAAAAACCAUGUAUUUAUUGCGUGUUGUUUGAUCUUAAUGUGAGUCCCACCGACUGCCCCACGACAUUGUAAACUGAACAUGAGCUUUUCAAAUUGAGCCACCAGUUCUCUUACUCCAUGAAAGGAAGUUUUAUGCGAGUUCACCGGGCCCAAAUGCCAAAUUAUUGCAGUACAUACCUCCCUGAAAAUUUUAGAGGCAACUUGCCAACUCGCUCUUUACGGCGUAGAAAAAUUGCUCCGCCGGCCACUCAAGGAGAUUAUCGGCGGAGUCAUUGGUGUUACUAUCAUUUCAAAUUCUACAGUUGGACUGUAUCCUUGCUGAACUUCCUAACUCCAUGAACUGCACCGGUGCUGCAUUCAUUAAACGCAAAUUCUUGUGCUUCCAGUAAAGUAUCUUUCGACUCUCUUCGUUUCGCAUUUUCUCUCUCCUUUUGACAUUGAAGUUGAUGAUCUAUUAGCUUGUCCGACGGAAACAGUUCCUCGCAUAUUUAACAUGGUAAAGCUAUAAAACAAGUUACAAAAGCGAGUAAGGAAAAGUAAAACAAUAAAAAAAAAUUUAAGACUUUAUCAAACACAUUUGCAUUAUCUAAGCAUUUUGCUCGUUCUGACAAAUUCAAGGCUAGAUUAUCAUAUUGAGUGAAGUGUGGUUGAGAUAUCUAUUCAAUGAUAAUGACUCUCAAAUUAGAACUAAAGCCCUCCAGUAGCAGUUACAGAUUACUGAUAAGCUGUGAGGCAGAAUGAGGAACAAAACCAGUAGACAAAAAUAUACCAUAAAGAAACGAAGGGCAUGAUGAACAUAAACAUCAGCAAUAGAAAUUUGAAUAAAAACAUGAACAAGGAUAGUAAGAGCAGCGAAAAAAACAACAUGAAUUUUAUCGUUUAAAGCCUGGCGUGCAUGAUUUCUAUUCAUAAUAUUCUUAGUUCUUAUGCUGACGAUUCUCGUUUUCAAAGCAAUCAAAAAAUUCCUUCUCUAAACAACUUCCGGUGUACUAGUAAUAAUGGAAGGAACAAUUUAAAAUCGUGAGGAAGAUUCGACAUAUUUCUUAACGAUACUUGACCAGCAAUAAACAUGACACAGGCAUGGUCGAAGGACGCUGUCCUGUCACCAUGGUGGAUUAAUCAACCUCGUUCCUUGGGUAUUGUUUAUCAAUGAUCGAAUAUUGGACUUCAAUCAGUCACUCUAGCGUGAGAAAUAUGCACAUAACGCGCAUAUGCGCUCGUUAUGGCUCUAUGACAUAGUAGCUUUAAGGCACACACACUGGCUUUAAGGCACACACGCUGGCUUUAUAUCGGCCCUUUAGAGGAAACUGGUAAUCUCAACCAUGAUGAGCACGUUGACAUUCAUGAAAAUAGGUUUCCAAAACCACGCGUAGAGGCAGAUAUCGACAACAUUUGAUUAGGUCCGUGUCUAUAAACACAAACCCUAGAACAUCUGGAGGAGAAAAGUUUAUGAAUUACUAAGAAUUCUAUUUUUCAUUCAAAAUAUAUUUUUUCCUUGCUGGGCUCUUCUUUAGAGACUUGUUUCAAUUUUGCCGCAGGAACUGAACUGUCAUGGAGACUGA